AUGCCUGCUUUAAGUUCUACUAUGAUUGCAAGCAAGAUUGUUUCUUGGAUCAAAUCCAACGAUGACAAGCUUUUUAAAGGAUACCAAAUGUCCUUUCAAGAUGACAAGAUUGAGAGUUUUACUGCUGGAGUGAUGAAGGAAACGAUGAGCAAGAAAGUGGGCUUGCUUCUGUUGGUGCACUUGAUUUUCAUGGCCAUUGUUGGUCAUUCCGCUUCUGCCAUGCGCCAAUUUCCUUUUUCAGAUCACAUAACAGUCAAUGAUGAUGGCAUAGUCAUGGAACUAUGGAAGCAACUAGCCAAAGGAGAAAAAGAAAAUCUUCGGUGGGUUCAAAUGUGUGUUGGGACCGCAAGUCUGCCAACUAUCAUUUCAACGAAAGCAUGA